UACCUCUGAUCUUGAUCUCGACGCGUGAUCCAUCGGAAAGUAGUUUCCUCUUGAGUUCUUCUAAUGUUUUGAUCUAUCUGAUGUUUGAAUUUCUGAGGAAAUUUGCACUUCUUCUGAUCUGUUUUUAGUUAUUUUUGCAUGGGAUACUCAAAAUUUUUGAUUUUUCGAGCAUGCAACUUGGGUGUUUUUUUUUUUUAAAUAAAUGUUUACUGAAACUGAUCAGUCUCCAGGUAGGUUCUUGGGAAUGCUUUUACUUUCCUGGUCUUACUAGAAUCUUAGAUGCACUACAUGUAUGAAGCAGCUGGAAAAAUGAAGGCCGAUUUGACCGCCAGGAUCAAACUUCGUAGAUCAACACACAAAGUAAAGCAAACUGGACAGAACCCUUCUUUUGGUGAAGGAAAUUCUCUCCGAAAAGAUUUAUUAGUAUAUCAAAAUGCUGCCUUAUUAGAAGUAUAUGGGACCUGGCCCCUAACCCUAAUAGGCAUUAAACCUGGUACAAAUCAUACUCAAAAUAGGAUGAAGAAACAUGCUGGAAUUAUUCAAUACAAAUACGACCAAUUGAUCAUAGUACCUAUUGGCUGAACCUUGUGCUGGAUCAAUGUAUUCAUGAUAUUUAGACUAACAAGUCAUGUCUUUGGCAAAAUCAAUAUUUAGAUGCUUAAUAAGUAUGCCUAUGGUUCUUCUCUUGAUUGUCUUUACUUGAGUUAAUAGCAAGCUUAUUGAGACAAUUUAUUUUAUUUUUCAGUAUAAACUCCAAAGAUUCAUAAAAAUGCACUCUUGUAGUCUUAGGGACCAAAAAGUGUAAGACCUUGUACCAUUGUUCAAUGCCAAAACCCAUACCUCUAUAUGGCCCACAUAACUUCUUCCAUGUCCUAAGUUAUGCAAAUAAAAAAAUAUUUUUUUUGUUAUUUAUAUUGUUAAAUGAAAAGAAAUAUUUUGAGGCUAAGCUGAAAUAUCCAUAUUUCAUGGUUGCUUCUUUGGAUCCUUUUGACUUGUGAAAUGUGAUGGUAAACUUUAGUUUUCUUAUUUCUAUUUUGAUAAGCUAUUUAAAAGACCACAAAAUUAGUCUUUUUUGCGGGAUCGAAGGAAGCCAUAUUACAAAGUUUAAGCUCUUUAUUAUCCUUCAUUUUGCUGGUGCAGGAGCUUGAAAUAUGGUAAUUGGUCAUAUUAGUUAGUAAGAUUAAGCUAUUGAAGCACUUAGGUUAGUAGCAUCAUUUCAUGCUUUAAGGUGGGGUAACAAUAUGGAAGAUUCACAUCUAUGUCCUUUUCUUUUUCCUCUCCUUCGUUGGUAAUUUGGGAAGCCAAACUCAUCACUAACACCUGAAGAAACAACAGCACAACUAUCAACUUCUUUGCUGGGUUGCCUGAAUAUCAACCCAGCUAAUAUGGUUAGAUCCGGAGACCUCCUGGCCAGCUAACCAGACUGGUUAGUUUGCCUCAUGGGAAGCUUGGGUAGUCUCAAUUGCAUCGAUGAGUUCUCAAAUGUCUAACUGCAUGCCGCAGUGCCUGAUGAGCACCACUAGUCCAUGUCACGACAGUUAGCUAAUUUCCCUACAGCCUUGGAAUUAGUUCCAAGCUACUAACACUUCCUCCCAUGCACUUGAACUCUAGGGUAGAGAUGGAGGAGUUAUGCUCCUGAUGUAGAGAAUUCUGCUGUGGAAAUCUUGAAAGAUAAAAUAAGUAACACAUACCCAUUGGCAUAGGUAGCACCAUCAAACUUUAAAACAGGUACAUGCAUUAGUUGGGGAGAAACUUCUAGGAGGCUAGAGAGAGACCAGUUGUGGCUACCCAAUUGUAAUUGCAGUCAGGAAUAACCCUCCUCUAUUAUGGUGCAAGGAGACUCUGAAGCUGGUGAAUUCUUACAGUGGGCCAGUUGAGCUGCUGCAGAGGUCUUAUGUGGAAAACACCAUCGACCAUCCAUACUGUCCACCCUAUGUAACGUAAGACUGGUUGGGUAGCAGCUCAAGAAGCUUGUCAGGGGAGUUGAAGUUCCAUGGGGAUUUGGUCUGAUGAGCAAUAAUGGGUCCAAGUUUCCUUUGCUGGGCUGUGUUUAAUUAACACGCGAUCAAUGUUGCACUUAGUACGCUAGGGGGGAUAUCCCAACUUGGGCCAAGAAGGAUUUGCAUGGAAGUUGGCACUGUUGUAGCUUCCACAAAAAAUAUCUAAACUGUGGGGUGGCUGUGCUCUUUUAGAUCCACUUGAAUUGCCCACCUUCAUUGGAACUUGGAGUCAUGGCAGCAAGCUAAUUGGUAGACAUCCUUGAUAAUAGCUUUGGAAUGUGUCCUAGUUUCAAAAACAUAAAUUAAGCUAAUGAAGCAAUAAAACCUUUAAGAAUUUCAAUGUCUUCUAUCAUCUUUACCUUUUAAUGUUCAUUUCUUGCUUAGCAUAGCAACACCUUUUGCAAGCAUUAUGAAUCUUAUAGAUCAUUGAUACUGGUGGACAAUAUCAAGCUUGACUGAGAUAAAGUUCUGUACUAAAUCUACUCAACAGCAAGAGUCAGUAAGGGAACUCGAAAAGAUUCAAGAAAGGGAUCAUUUUAACAUCUGAGAAAUCUUAUCGCUCUAGCCUUACUGAAGGUCAUAACAUCACUGAUGAGAUGCUGAGCGCUCAUUCGUUCACAAGGCAACUAGUCGACCAAAUCUCUCUUGCAAAGGCUUUUGUGGUCAUCUCUAAAGAAAGCAACAAUCUCCAGUUUGCAGCAGAACUUAGUGCCCAGAUACGCUACUCGCAAGUUCUCCUAUCCAGGGCUGCCACCAGAGGCACCCCAUUAACUGCAGAAGAAGUAGAAACAGCAAUACAUGACAUGGCACUUCUGCUCUACCAAGCCCAACAAUUCCAUUAUGAUGGUGCUACCAUGAUGAUGAAGAUGAAGGGUCAAAUCCAGGCUCUUGAAGAGAGAAUGAAAUCUGAGACCGAGAAGAGUACACAAUAUGGACAAAUAGCUGCUGAAGAAAUCCCGAAAAGCCUGUAUUGUCUUGGUGUCAGUUUAACCAUGGAAUGGUUCAAAAACUCAAAUCUGCAUAGAAAACUCUCAGAAGGAAAGCACACUCUGGAGAAGCUAAGAGAUAACAGUCUCUACCACUAUUGUAUUUUCUCCGACAACAUCCUUGCUGCAUCGGUUGUGGUCAAUUCAACUGCCAUUAAUUCCAAGCAUCCAGAUCAGAUUGUAUUCCACCUGGUCACCGAUGAGGUGAACUAUCCACCAAUGAAGGCUUGGUUCUCCAUGAACAGUUUCCGAGGUGCAACUGUGGAGGUACAGAAGUUUGAGGAUUUCAGCUGGCUUAAUGCAUCAUAUGUCCCAGUUCUAAAGCAGCUUCAGAACACUGACACCCAGAACUUCUACUUCUCUGGAGGUGGGGAUGGAAAAACACCAAUUAAAUUCAGGAACCCAAAGUACUUAUCGAUGCUAAACCACCUCAGGUUCUACAUCCCAGAAGUCUUCCCAGCAUUACAGAAGGUAGUAUUUCUUGAUGAUGAUGUAAUAGUCCAGAAGGAUUUGACAGAGUUGUUCACAAUCAACCUUAAUGGGAAUGUGAUGGGGGCCGUGGAGACUUGCAUGGAGACAUUCCACAGGUUCCACAAGUAUUUGAACUAUUCACACCCACUGAUCCGUGCUCAUUUUGAUCCUGAUGCUUGUGGAUGGGCAUUUGGUAUGAAUGUGAUUGAUCUGAGAGUGUGGCGAAGGAAAAAUGUGACCGGCAUAUAUCACCAUUGGCAGGAGCGUAAUGCAGACCACACCCUCUGGAAGCUCGGCUCACUGCCACCUGGUCUGCUGGCCUUUUAUGGGUUGAUUGAGACAUUGGAUCCCAAGUGGCAUGUGCUGGGGUUGGGUUAUACAAAUGUGGACCUUUCAGCAAUUAGGAAUGGUGCGGUGUUGCACUACAAUGGGAACAUGAAGCCAUGGCUGAAGAUUGGGAUGGAAAAGUACAAGGUCUUGUGGGAUAAAUAUGUGGACUACUCACACCCUUUGUUGCAUCGCUGCUUCAUGCAUUAGACGAUCCUCAUGAUGGCAGGUGAUGUUCAUGCAGGGUAGAGUCCUUAAUUGCCAAAGCCUUCUGGUUUUGAGUAAUUUUCUUUCGAGCGGAAUGGUAGAGUAAAUUAUUCUUUUCUUCAGAAAUUCUUCCAUUCGUCUAUCUAGAUUCUCUUUCAAGUUGCAGCAUCACUAAUUUUUGAUGGUUGAGGCCCACCUUAUGAACUGUUGGGGUGGAGCAGCAAAGCCAUCUGAUUGGAAUUUCUCAAGCACAUUUUUGUGCCAGCCAUUCUUAGCAGAUGAAUUAGUACAGCAUGUAAUUUAUACAGGAUCAAGUUGAAAGAGUAAAUAUGCUACAGUAUUUGUUUUUGGGUGAUAUUCUGCAGAAGUCCUUUGAGCAACAUAUGAUGUUUCCUAGAAGGUACGUUUGCCCAGAAUGUUGAUUGGUGUUAAACAGAAGAGAUUCAGAUUUCUGAAACUGUUGGCAGUGGAAGUACCCCAUAAGGCCCAUGGAGGUAAUUUUUCCAUGGUUUGGGUAAGAUCAGGCUCCUUGUAUGUGGUCGAUUGUGUCGACGGAUAGGCUUGUAACUUUCAGACAUGGUGGACCACUUUUCAAUUAGCUAUUAUGUUGGACGCUGUCACAGUUUGAAGAAUAUGAGGUAUCCUUCAUUUAUAAAGCAGACAAUGGCUAUGCAUUGGCUUGCUUGGUGAAGGUAAGAAGAUAGGUGAUGGCAGGAUAAUCUACCCCUGAAAUUUUUGUAUUUUAUUAUUAGAGACCUGACACGGUUGUUUUGUUGGAGACAACUAAUGUAAUCUGUCCUAGUACUCAUUUUUUUUACCAAAUUAUUAUAAAAAUGAUACUUGCAAAAUUUCUUGUGCAUUUA